GUAAGACAAAUGAUUAAGCACAGUGGAUAGCAAUUACUGCUGCACAAUACUUGAGUGUAGUGCAUAUUAAUCUUCAUAGUCUAUUUAAUCCAGUUAUUUAUUACAUAUCCAAAUAUUUUGUUACCUUAUUUUGUAUAUUUAAGUCAAUAGUAUUUUUUUAAAACUCAGUACCUCUAAAAAGCAUUACAAGCCCGAGUGACCAUGGCACUAGAUGAGUACGUGUGGAUGGUUGUAGUUGGUUUCAUCAUUGCAUUUAUUCUGGCGUUUUCGGUGGGGGCCAAUGACGUUGCCAAUUCAUUUGGGACGGCGGUUGGUUCGGGAGUACUGACACUCAGGAAGGCCUGUGUCUUGGCAACCAUCUUCGAGACAGUGGGUUCUGUGCUGUUGGGUGCCAGAGUCAGUGAGACCAUCCGCAAAGGAAUAAUUGAUGUGGAGGUGUUCAACUCGAGUCAGCAAGUGCUAAUGGCUGGAUCAGUCAGUUCCAUGUUUGGUUCUGCUGUCUGGCAGUUACUGGCUUCAUUUUUGAAGCUCCCUAUAUCUGGUACCCAUUGCAUUGUGGGUGCUACCAUUGGUUUCUGUUUGGUGGCUACAGGUGCCCAUGGUGUCAAGUGGUUGGAGCUGCUCAAGAUAGUGGCUUCUUGGUUCAUCUCACCACUGCUGUCUGGAAUCAUGUCUGCUGCUGUCUUUUACUUUGUCCGUUUCUUCAUCUUACAUAAGGCUGACCCAGUGCCAAACGGUCUCCGAGCCCUGCCUGUUUUCUAUGCCUGUACAAUUGCGAUAAACCUUUUCUCCAUCCUGUACACAGGAGCACCUUUGUUGGGAUUUGACCGGAUUCCCCUUUGGGGCACAGUGCUGAUUACAUUGGGGAGUAGUGUCAUCUGUGCUCUCUUCAUUUGGUUCGUCAUCUGUCCCAGAAUGAAGAGAAAAAUUGAAAGAGAGGUCAAAGCCCAUAAGGCACACAGUGUACUAGAUAAGAAGAAUGAUGAUUACUAUUCAGUUCCCAAGGAUGAACUGGAAGAGACUCAUUUGAAGGUUCUGUUGACUGAUGCAGCAUCUGAAAUAAAGACUCCCCUUACAGAUGGGGUUUCUGUUCUACCAGCCAAGCAGAGUUUGGAGAAGUCAAGUGGAAGAAUUGCUUUCAUCGGAGAUUCAGCAGAGGAUUUAAGGAAAGAAAGUGGAGAGAUGAAAGAAACCAAUAUUGACCAUGUGAUGAAUGGGACUGUGCAAUUUGGAAGCAAUCAUGUGCAGUUCAACCAGGUUAUUGGUGAUCAAACAAGUACCAAUGGCUACAGUGGUCACUAUCACACUGUACACAAGGAUUCAGGAUUGUACAAAGAACUUCUUCACAAGUUGCACUUAGCCAAAAUGAUUGACUGUUCUGGGGACUCGAAUGAACCAAGCAGCAGGCCACUACGUCGCAACAACAGCUAUACGUGUUACACCAUGGCAAUUUGUGGCAUGCCUCUUGAUUCCUUCAAGCCCAAAGAAGGGGAAGCAAAAGCUGAGGAAAUGGAAAAACUGACAUCAUCUGGCUUGGAAUCGAAAAAACGUAUCAGACAGGAUAGUUACAGCAGCUACUGUAAUGCUAUGGCUGAUUCCAACAAGAGUACUGAGGAUGGAAGCGUGAAGCUUGAAAUUGACCUGGGAGACCGUAAAUGCAGUGAUGGGUCGGUGGAGGAAUGGCGUGAGCAGGAAAAACCUGAAGUUGCAUUACUGUUUCAAUUCCUGCAGAUCCUGACUGCCUGCUUUGGCUCCUUUGCUCAUGGUGGUAAUGAUGUCAGCAAUGCAAUUGGUCCUUUGGUGGCUCUGUGGGUUGUUUACUACACGGGAGAUGUUGCCUCAAAAAUGGAAACUCCAAUCUGGCUGCUUUUGUACGGAGGUGUGGGCAUAUGUCUUGGUCUGUGGGUCUGGGGGCGGAGAGUUAUACAAACUAUGGGCAAGGAUCUGACACCAAUUACUCCCUCAAGUGGCUUCAGUAUUGAAUUGGCCUCUGCUCUUACUGUGGUGAUUGCUUCGAAUGCUGGUCUUCCUGUCAGUACGACACAUUGCAAGGUAGGGUCAGUUGUAGCUGUUGGCUGGAUGCGUGCCAAGAAAGCUGUUGACUGGCGUCUCUUCCGAAACAUCUUCAUGGCUUGGUUUGUUACAGUCCCAAUCUCCGGUCUUAUUAGUGCUGCCAUCAUGGCUUUAUUCAAAUAUGCUAUCUUAUAAGUGUGCUGAACAACUGCCUAAGCACCAUCUACAUUCAGGCAGCAUUGCUGUGGUUAUGGCCCUGUGCUUCAGUAGAGCAGUUUAUUCAGAUUGUUGUGUGAAUCCUGUAAUAUGGAAGUCAAAGCAAUCACUUGAGUCUUCAAAACAUCAGUAUACAUUUAAAUAGAGUCCAACUUGGCUGAAAUUGUGCUGUACAAAGUAACUUUUAGUUUCUUUUUUUUCUUAGACUUUGUGAUGCUGAAGUAAUUUGAAUGAGAGUCAAUUUUUUUGUAUAGUGAAUUUAUUACUGCAUGUUUUUAAUUAACAAGGCACAUUGCUAUUUAAUACUGUGAACUAUGAACUGGAGAAGCUUCUUAAUGACAUUUAAAAACUUGAAACAAGUAUGCAUAAAGCACUGGGAUUCUAGUUAAGCCACUUGCAUGUCCGCUUGAGCCAAUAUGAUGGUACCAAAGAGUGGGGCAAUCAAGUGCAAGAUUCACAUGUGCACAGUUUUUUUCCCCCCAAGUCUUCCAUUUAAACCUGACGAACAUUAGAAAAACAUUCAUUUGUAAUUGAAGUUAAAUGUUCAUUAAAUAUUAGCAAGCCUUGCA